CAUGUUAUACACGCAAUGUAUUCUAACUGUGACAAGCUGCCUCUGUAAGUCUCCGAGGUCAAAUGCUAGUAGUAUGCUGAGACACGCAUUCAACGGUUACGUUAAAAGUGUAACAUUCUGAAGAUGACGAUUGUCAACAGGCAUGCUGGAGAGAAGCUCACUCAUUGUGUCGACAGGUAAUAACAUUGACCUUUGGUACAUAAUUGGUCCUGGAUACCAUCUGGUUGUUAGAAAGCCGCCUCAAUCGUGGUGAUAGUAACACAGGCAUAAGCUACAAUAGGUUAUAUUCAUGUGUUGUGUGAUUUACAUGGCUAUCACGCACAGAGUUUGAUUAACUGCGAGUUUGAAUAUUCUGAAAUUACUGUGUACACAUCCAUUUGUGUGGCUCCCGGUUAAGAUUUCGUGUGUGUCAACAUUCUUCGUGGAGUCCAUUGCUUUCUGUAUCCAGUGAAACAUGGAGACAGGAGUCGACGUUGACCGUGGGUACGCCUGGGUAGCGCUGGGAGCAGCCCUCAGUAUUCAGCUUAUAGAUGGUAUCAUCAUUUAUUCGUCCGGAAUAUUUAACAUUGCUUUGAUGGAGGUGGUGGAGAAUGACAUCACAAAAGUGUCAUGGAUCGGGUCAACCCUCAUCGGCUCCUAUACAUUACUAGGCCCAGUCGCAGGAAUGGUACAGCAUAGGUUUGGGUCUAAACUAACAGCACUCGCUGGAGGAAUACUGACGUUGUUUGGAAUGGCACUGGCUUCUAUUUGUCGGACAAUCACCGGACUGAUAUUCACAUAUGGAUUCAUUACAGGUUUAGGAUUAUGCCUUGGUGCAAACGUGGUGGGCGUGGUACCUGGACAAUAUUUUAAACGGAGGAGAUCAGCUGCCUAUGGAGUGUGUAUUGCGGGAGGAGCAUUGGGUCUCUUUGCAGCUGGUCCUAUAGCUAGAUAUCUCCUUGAUGAAUACAAUCUACGUGGAGCUCUUCUCAUUAUGGGUGGAAUUUCAUUCCAAAGAUGUAUUGCUGCAUCGUUAUUUCGAAAACCAACUAUUUCCAGUAAGAGAAACAGGACAACAUCAAAGACGUUCGAACAACGGGAUGAGGAAGAACAUGGACAACAGAAUGAUUUAGGUGAAAGUGACCCAUUUCAUCAACUGGAUCAAGUGACCACUGAAGGGAUUUCAACAUCUCCUUGUCUUUCCGGGAACCGGUCUGAGGAACGUACAGAUUAUAUCGAAGCGAGAAGCGGCAAUGUAUCAUUAUUGUGUAAGACUUUCAAACUUGUCACUCAGAAAUCGUUUCUUGUGUACAACUGCAGCAUCGUGCUCUGGUCAUUAGGAGAAGUGUCUGCAGUCUUCCAUUUACCAAACUAUGUCGAACAAAAAGGAAGUUCCCCUAAAGAAGCCGCUAGUCUCCUUAGCGUAAUGGGUGCCGGCGAUUUCUUUUCGAGGAUUGUCAUUGGCUUUCUAGCCUCCGACCCACGUAUUGAAAUGACCGUUAUUCAGGUCGGUCUUGUGGGUGUAGCUGGACUAAUCACCAUUUUGUUCCCUCUUGUGUCUCAUUCAUACCGUUGGCAAAUAGUCUUCAGUUUCUUCUAUGGACUCUACAACCAUGUCACAAAUGUAUUGAUGGGCCCCAUAGUCAUAGAACUGACAGGACUGUCAAAUGUUGCGCUUGGUUUUGGAAUAGUGUAUUUCUUCUGUGGAAUCGGAUAUCUCUCAGGACCAGUCAUCGCAAGCUUUAUUUACCAGAGUACCGGAAUCUAUGAUUAUACGUAUGUAUUUGCAGGUACAUGUUUGUUUCUAAGCUCGAUGACGACAGCUGCAAUAAGUGUAUUUAGAACAAGAGUAGAAUGUGAAAAAGAGUUUGAGGUGAAAUAGUAACAUGAAGACACAUCUAUGUUAAUGGGGAACCAUCAAUGACAACAAUGUAUGCGGGUGUCUUUAAUUACUACACUUCCAGGAACAUUUUUUUACCUUUAUAUUUAUUCCUGAACAUAUACUCCUAACAAUAUAAAUGCAUAGGUAUUAUUGAUUUGCAUAUGUGAAAUACGUUAGCACAUAAACGUCUUUUGAAAAGAACACGUUCCUCAGGUUUUACCCAUCUUCCCGAAGCAAGGGAGUUAGCUGACUAUAAAAGUCCAGUUUCCACCCUGCCAAACUAGGCUGGUAUUAUUGAGUUACAUUUUGGCUUGACUAACGAGUCUAUGCAUAGUCCAAUCAAAAUCGCGCAACGAAAUCGAAAUCCGGUCCGUAAACUGUCAUGAAAAUGUCUGUCGAUUGCAGGAUUUGUAACGCAUGUGCUCCGCCAACUCGUGAUCAACAGACAUUUUCCAAAUCUUUUCAUGUUUUUAAUCAAGGUUCUCGCAUGAUUGGCUGCACUUCGGGAUGUAAGACUCGUUUUAUCACAAUCUAGAUCUUGAUUAUCAAUCAGAUCGUUUUGACAGGGCGCCGCCAUUUUGUUUGAAGCAAAUGCAAGUGACACGAGAGGUGGAAUCUGA